AUUUCCACAAUUAUUCUAAUAAAUAAUAAACUGAAGGAAAAAACUAAUGUGAAAUGUGAAACUAAUGUGAAGCGCGUAACAUUAGUCUUUAUGUAAGAUGGCCGAAAUAAAGUGCGGCGAGUGUGUAUAAAACAGCACUGAGCUACUGAUCCGCUGCGUAUAAAAGCGCUCGAGCUCCUGAAGCUGUAGCUCAUUAGACAGCGCGCGCAGCUGCAGCACGAGCGCGACGGAGAUCCUCCCGCAGGUUCGUUCGGUUCGAGCUGAAGAAUCUCUUCUCCAAACAUGUGGAUCACUUUACCGAGGAGAGCGCUUCGUUUGUUCCCGAAUGCCGUUUUCUCGAGAAACUGGAUUUUAUAUAACGGACUAAAGAAAAUUGGACAUUAAGUAUUUCCUAUUUAUUUUACAUAUUUAUUUGUAAUUAUUAGAAGGAAGACGCCGGUGUUGUUUUGGGGUGUUUUUCUUUGCUAAGUGCUUUCGGGUGGGAUGAAGCUCUAUAUGACCUGAUGCUGUGUUUUUCCUUAAAGUUCAUCUAUACUCUCUCAUUGUGGAGAUGUUAUCACUGCAUCAUUGCAACUUCUCCGGGCCCAGUGCCAAAUCAUCCAUCUCCAAUCAGACCCAGGCUCUGGUGGAAGUGGCAGCUGUGGGUCUUAGAAAAAACCUGACAACCAGAUCGCCCAACAACCCUGUGGUCGCUGGCCUUUCCAUGACCUUGGGUGUCCUGUCCAACAUCAUAGCACUUUUCAUCUUGGCCAAGUCAUAUGCACGACUGCGCAGACGCUCAAAAGCCACCUUCCUUCUCUUCGCCAGUUCACUGGUAGCCACAGACUUAGCUGGUCAUAUCAUUCCUGGUGCUGUGGUGCUACACUUUUACUCAAACGGUGUGGGAUCAUGUCCUCCCUCCCAUGCUGAUGCUACCUGCCAGUUCCUAGGUGGCAGCAUGGUCUUUUUUGGCCUGUGUCCACUUUUCCUGGGCAGCGCCAUGGCAGCUGAGCGAUGCCUGGGCGUCACACAGCCACUUCUGCAUGCUCGUCUUGUCUCUGGGACUCGCACCAAAAUGGCCUUGGUGCUAAUCUGGCUUGCAGCACUUGCUGUGGCCUUGCUGCCUGUUGUCAGACUGGGAGAAUAUACCUAUCAGCACCCAUGGACCUGGUGUUUUAUGAGGGUAUUAGGGGAUAUUACGGACACAGAUGUUGCCUUCAUUCUUUUAUUCUCAGCACUUGGAUUGGGCUCACUAGCCAUGUCCUUGGUGUGCAACACAGUUAGCGGCAUCACCCUGGUGCGUGCACGGCUGCGCAGAAGGAAAUGCCACCGCAGGACAGCAAAUUCACAUGACAUAGAAAUGGUGGCUCAGCUCCUGGGAAUCAUGAUCACUUCCUGUAUUUGCUGGAGCCCCCUGCUGGUCUUUGGCUUGAUGUCAAUCACAAAUCGCCACUAUGGCUCAGAGCGGGGUGACAUGUAUUAUGAAAAACUGAUGGUAAUGGGGGUACGUAUGGCCUCAUGUAACCAAAUUCUGGACCCAUGGGUUUACAUCUUGCUGCGGCGAGCAGUCCUCAGAAAGAUUUAUCGGCUUACCACUGGCCGCACCGACAUGAGAGGCAGCACUUUCCGCCGCUGGGAGAUCAACUCCUUACAGAGUUCUGAGAAAAACACCAUCAAGCGGCUCUAACAGAGAGAAUGAAACAAAUCGAUGGAUGUGGUGGACAGCAUCUAGAUAAUUGCCCUGUGCAUAAUAGGGCAUUGGAGACUAUGUGCUGUAUACUAUUAACUACAACAAAUGAAGGAAAAAUAUACAGAAGCUGAGGGCAUCGGUCACCAGGAAGUAUUAAAGAACUGAACUGAUUAAAGAGUUAUCCAAGAAAGACAGGAACUGCAACUGAUUCAUUAAAUCACUUUGGAUUAAACACGAAUGGUAAUCCAAAUUAAGUAAGCCAACAUAUUGGUCAUCUUCACCAUAAUGACUUUUAAAUGCCUUUACUAUAGAGGCCAAAGGUUGCCUUAACAAAUGUGAAGAAUUUUGAUUUUAAGGACUUGGAUAUGCUUUCCUACAUGUUCUUGUGUGGACGAGAACAUGCCAACGGAUACUAAUUAACUACUAACAUAACAACAAUGGAGGUUUGCAGAAUGCCUGCCUUAAAGCUACUUAAAUAAUAUCUUAAUAACUUAAUGUAAAGAUAAGAUCAAACAUGUUUGAUGAAAUGACAGAAUGAAUGAAACUUGACUGGAUCUGGGGCACAUCAAGGAUAAAACAA